AUGGCCGAAGAGACAUCGAUCUCUCCCUGGUCGUCUCUGGUGAACUCGCGCUUCUCCGAGAGUGCGCUUUCGCGUGUGCCACCCGGCCUCCGUUUGCAGACAUUGGACGCAGAACUCAAAGACGUCGAGAAGGCCCUCAUUGAUGCUCGCCGGCUUCGAAAUCUCAACACAUGGCCGUGCAAGCUUCCAGCUGAAGUUCUCAUAUGCAUCUUCGAAUGGCUCCAGCCGAUGUGGCCUCCAGAGCGCCAUCGGACUGAAUCGGGACAAACGUAUAGCGCCGGUUGGAUGUCAGUGAUGCAUGUCUGUAGCAUGUGGCGAGAGAUUGUCAUCGGUGUACCGUCAUUAUGGUUCAAGCCGACAUGGAACAUCUUCGACGUAGCCCCCCAGUUCAUUCCCGACAUCAUCUCACAAUCCCAGUUAAACCCACUCGACCUAUCAAUAGACUGGUGUGACCAGUUAGGCGGAGUGCUGGACGACACUGAUAGAGCUACUUGGCUUUCUUCCUCCAUCCUGCGACGUGCCGGAUGUCUGGCCAUAGCUGCCGAAACGGAGGAUUUAGUACUCAUAGCAGCCCGUCUUCCUCCUGGCCACGAGAUGCAACAACUACGAAGGCUUAGCGUGGUAUUCAUCUACACGGGGGAGGACCCUGUUUUGCCGUCUUCCCUCAAGAGCCUAUCUGGUCUGACAGAAUUAAAUCUACAGAAUGUGCAAAUACCAUGGCAUUCCCCCAUCCUCUCUCCGUCUUUGACGGAUCUCUACCUGUCGCAGAAUGAAGGGGAUAUGCAACCAUCGCACGACGAUAUCGUGGGACUCGCAGCUUCGCUUGUAUCGCUCAAGAAACUCCACCUAGAGGACGUGGUGCCCUUGCCCGAGCCUGUACGAGAGCGAUCCCUCCCGAUCGUUUUUUCCGCGUCAUUACGAAGCAUUGAUGUGCUCUCACCCUGUGAAGAGCUUGCAGCGGAUGCCUUCGUCUUCUUCUCACGCGUGAAUACGCCUCGCCGGUGCACUCAGGAGUUCUACAUCCCUGUCGUCGGCAAGCCGCAUUCGCCCGACAUGUCUCUAGCUGACAAAAUCCUGAAAGAACACAUCCCCCGUUUUUCGUUUGCGACAGACACCAACAUCGACGCGCAUUGCCUUGACUUGUCAGUCAUCAGCAUCCGGAUUCUCGGCGUCGAAUCUGGCCAACCGGAGUCCGCAUCGCAGCACCCUUGGCCGUCUGAUAGCGACCCUCGUUAUACAAAACACUAUCUGCAAUUCUUCGAGUACGAAAAGCCGGCCCCAUUGCGCAUGAGCAAAUACCUUGCAUCCGUCGCUCUGCGAUCUCUGCAUAACCUUGCGCUGGACAUUCCCACCAUUCGUGACCUCUGCAGUGAUAACGCUUGGCCAUGUCUACUGCGUGCGAGCGAGGUCCGUCGUGUGGGCGUUCUCAAACCUUCCAAAACAUGGAUGUGCCAGCACAUCUCGAUUCUAUUGGACGCACUUGUGGGGCAUCAUGCUCGCGACGGGCAGAACGAGGCAGGCGUGCUAUUCCCUCGCCUGGAGGUCGUGGCCCUGCCUUUGUUUGAGAAGGAAGCCGAGUAUAGCGGGCUGAAAGCCAACAUCGUCAACCUGGUACAUGCCAGGCGCGAAUUGGGAGUGCCUGUACAAGAGCUGGUCAUACCGGAGAGCGCCUCGGCUUGGUCCAUGUGGAGCACCAUGCGAACGUAUCUGAAGAUCACGCCUGUCGACUACCCCUGGACCGAAAACGCAUCGCCUUUUGUAUACGAUUCCGACACUGUGUACGAUUCCGACUCUGAAUACGACUCCGACCCGAUGUAG